AUGGAUGAUCAGGAACUGGGCAUCGACAUCGUCCAAACAGAGCUCAGUAUAUCCGCGCAGCAAUACCUUGUCAAGCACUACUGCUCGUCCGCCACUUCUCCCCCCCAUACCCUCGCGUACAAGGACAUCCCAUCUUGUUCUUCUUCGACCCUCUCAAAGAAGCAGCCCACAUCCACUCGCCAAAGUACUCGAGUGCCCAAACAACCUAUCAAACACGUGGCAGCACCAGUCGUCGUCUUAGAUGAUUCCGACGCUUCGGAGGCGGAAAUAGUACCUCGUCCACCCAGUCGACUUGAACUAACAUCCGAGGGAUUUGAACUGGACAAAGUCGUGUCGACACCGUUUGGCAUCGGACUCAUUGUCGCACUCCCCACUACUACUACUACUAGUAGUACUACUACCUCGUCACUGCCAAUCAAAAGAUCAAUGAACAAAGCAACCGUACCAUCAAACUACUCGUAUAAGGUGCAGCUGUCAUAUGGCGACGGGUACUUCCACGCGACUUCGUUGACACUUGUGGACGACAAGGUGCAAUAUACGUACUAUAAGAAGCGCUCCAAGGGAUGGGUAGUGCUCACGUAUGGCGACACGUCGCGACUGUGUGGCCAUCGCCUCUUGAAUGACUCGGUGAUUGAGUUUUACUUGAGCUACCUCAUGGACACGCUGCCUACCCCAGCCGUGGAGAGGACGUACAUGUGCAGUUCGUUUCUAUUUGGGCAGUACUUGGUCACGAAAAAGCAAGCUUUGAGAAAGGUCGCAUUGUCCAACGUCGAGCAAGCAUAUGCGUCUGUGGCGAGGUGGACGAAAUCCAUCGAUGUGUUCAACACCAAGUACUUGGUCGUGCCCGUCAACGAAGAGGGCCACUGGAGUGUGGCUAUCGUGUGCAAUUUGUAUCGGUUUGCCAAUACAAGUGUGUGUCGAUGUGCGGUCGUCGACCCCCACGGAAGGGCAGCGCAUCCAAGUUCUCCAAGUGCUUUGAAACCUGCCAAACGACCAGCUCCGGCAGCUCGCACGCUGCUACCAAAGCGACUGAAAGCUCCCCCAUUGACUCAACGGGGAGUUAAAGUGGUUGUUAUGGAGUCGGUCCCCAGUAACGAAUUUGAUGACGUGGCAAACGGACCUGUCUCCGUCCCACCACCAUCAUCCUGGCAAACUCAAGGUGGCGAGUCGGGUGGGUCGUGUGCCUUGACAAAAGGACAAGCGACGCCCAGUGGUGGUAGUACACUAAACCCAACACUCUGUGAAAACGAGCCAGCUGGUGUUGUUACUUCGGAUGAACGGCCUGUAUCCGUCCAAUUUAAACGGCCAUCCGAACCUUGUGCCAAGAGUGAGCAACAACAGCACCAGUCGGGUGCAUCCAAAAGCCCACAAGAACCAGUAGGACCGCAACGUUGCAACACAUGUGGCCUCGUGCAAGACAUAGAUCAAGAUACUAACCAUCGCCCUUGUAUUGUGUUUUUGGAUUCUCUCAAAGCCCACCGCACGCUGCGCAUUGCCAAAUUUCUCCGCGAGUAUUUGCAAAUGGAAUGGCGGGCGCGCAAGGCCCCGACGUGUGGUCCCAUGUCGAUCACGGUGGCCAAUUUGCCCAUGAUUUCCCCUCGCGAGAUUCCCAGGCAAUCGAAUUACACCGACUGCGGUGUGUUUGUGUUGCAUUAUGUCGAGAAGUUUCUGUCCAACCCACCGCUCAUGUCGACAGCCCUCAUUGCGACAAAAGGGGGUGAAUCACAGGGUAUUAUGACCAAAAACUGGUUUCACCCCCGCGUGAUUCAACUAAAACGGGUAGCCAUUCGCCACUUGAUUGAGACUCUGGCCAAACAAAGCCACUAUACAGCACAACCAACACGACAAGUGAGCCCCACGCAUCACGAAGAAAGCUAA